AUGACUGUACCAUUCAGUUACACGCAGUCUCCGUUUCUGUUUCAUCACGUUCCAAAUUCGCCAUUUUUGUUGUCAACAAGGAGACCUGCGACACAAUCACCAAUCCCAUUGGUUCCCGACGUCGAACUCGCGAGAAACAACAACUAUUCUUCAAAUGAUGUACUUCGAAAUGGAACUUUUCUUUCUCCCACACCUGUAGUCCCAUCAAAUUCCAAUCCAACAACACCACAAGCAACUCCAACCAGGAUAAAUGCUUCUUCUGAUUCACAAAGAGAACAAGUUGUUCCACAUUUCUCUCCCAUGAUGGAAAAUAAAUCACUUAACAGAAAGGAAAGGAGGCUGGAUAUGUCACCAAAGCAGGGUACAGUUCCAGAGAUUAACCUGUUUUCAGGGGAAGAAAUAUUUGCUUGAUGGCCAUCCUGACCCUUCACACAUCUCCCAAUUGUACCUUGUGAAAAACAAUUUUUAACAUCGAGAUCAGGAUAUUGUAUGGUUCUUAGCUUUAAAACAAAUCAACAUUAAAUUUGGUUUUACUCAACUAAAUCUGAGGUUAGAUAUUGCAUGCAUAUUUACAAAAAUUUUGUUGAAUGUACAGUUCAGUCAGAGUUUUGGAUGUACAUUAUGCAACAGUAAGUUAUACAAUGUUGGGCAUUAGAUAAAGAAGUUUGAAUGAGUAACAACUGCACUUUCAUGAAAACCUAAAAUUUGGAAUGUAAUGGUAAUCAUUCAAACUUGUUUUUAUGAAUUAGCCUCUAUU